AUGAGUGCUACUAUUACUUAUAGUCCAACAACUACAGUUAUGAGUGAUCAAAUGAAUGAUCAAAGUUCAGGAUCACCUGCUUUUACACUGAUAAAGAACGCACAUUAUUUAAACCAAAAACAAUCUCAAAGUCAAGUAAUAUUGACAAGUAGCAAGAAUACACAUGAUUUAAAUCAAGAACCGUCUCAACGUCAAUUAGUAUCCACAAUUAGCAAAAACACACAUGAUUCAAAUCAAGAACAGCCUCAACGUCAAUCAAUAUUAACAAUUAACGAAAACACACAUGAUUUAAACCAAAAACCGUCUCAACGUCAAUUAGUAUCAACAAUUAACAAUCCCGAUGAAAUAGAAUCGUACAUGUGCUGGUCUAUUUUGAGUAUACUAUUCUGUGGUGUAGGACUCGGAUGUAUUGCAUGCUGUUUUUCAUGGAAGGCUGGACGUUUAUUAGAACAAGGCGAUACUCAAGGUGCAUUAAGAGCUUCAAAAGAUGCUCGAACAAUGAAUAUUUUAGCUACAUUAUUUGGCAUAAUUAUAAUUAUUAUCGGCAUUUUAUACCUAGCUGGUGUAUUCUAA